UGUUUCCGGUGUGAACUCCGGUGAACGCUGUAAACACGGGUCAUUAACGCGGGAGAACGAACGUCAGCAUGUUCAAAUGCAUCGUCUCUGCGUGUCCGAACCGCAUCAGGCCGGUGAACCGGAUCAUACACCGACCACCGAAGAGGUUUUUCAACUUCCCCAAAGACCCGGCGACAGUGAAGGUGUGGUUGGCGGCUCUGAGGGAGCUGGACAAACACGACGGGACAGAGCAGCACGUCAUCUGUGAGGACCACUUCCUGCCAGAGGACAUCUCCAACAACAAGGUCAAGAAAGACGCCAUUCCCAUCAUGCCCCCGUACCUGGACGCCCCGCUGGGCCUCGUGAGUCCCUGGAGAGCUGAGACCUCGGAGGAGGAGGAGGAGGAAGAGGAGGAGGAGUGGACCACUGGAGGCUGUGGAGAUGAUGAUGAUGAAGGUGGAGAUCAUCCACAGCAGGGUUCUGGAGCAGGUCCAGAGAAUCCUCCAGCAGCUCAGAACAGUUCUGCGGAGUCACAGGAAAAACAGUCGACUGCAGAUGACAGAUAUUCAAGAUAUGGUGAGUGGUCAAGGAGAAGGGGGGCGGAGUCACAGGAAAAACAGUCGACUGCAGAUGACAGAUAUUCAAGAUAUGGUGAGUGGUCAAGGAGAAGUGGGGCGGAGUCACAGAGACACACAACUCUCUCUCUCUCUCUCACAGACAUGUCUUGGACGACGCUGACUCGGCGUUUCCUGGAGAUGCUGCUGACCGCUCCUGACGGUUCUCUGGACGUUUGGAAUGCAGCUGAGAGUCUUCAGACGUGUAAACAGAGAGUCAGUGACCUGACCAACAUCCUGGUCAGCUUCAAACUGCUCCAGAGGGACGCGUCCAACACGGUCAAGUGGACAGGGAAGGUUCCGAUCUCCAGCCUCCUUCAGAACAGAGAGCAGAAGAUCCAGAGAGAGCUGAAGAAGCUGAAGCAGGUGGAGGACACGCUGGACGGUCUCAUCAAAAGCUGCGCUCAGCAACUCUUUGACAUGACGGACGACGUGGACAGCUCUGCGUCAGCGUACGUGACUCACCACGACAUCAGUCAACUCAGAGUCCUGCAGGAGCAGACGCUUGUCAUCAUCAGAGCUCCAGAGGAAACUAAACUGGAGGUUCCUGCUCCCACAGAGGACAGUGUUCAGAUCCACCUGAAGGCAGGACGGGGUCCCAUCAUGAUUAUGACCUGUGAGGUUGGGUCAGGUGAAGCUGUGACCUUUGACCCUGGACAGACAGGAAGUGGCUUCUUCUUGACGCUGGAGGAGAGUCGGGUCAGGACGACAUCACUGCACAAAGAAUGUUGACCCUCAGCCCGACCACCAGGAGGCGUCCUCUGUCCUCGCAGUCCAGACGACUUCCUGUGCAGGUGGCGGGCAUGUCGCACACGUCAUGUGACUCCGGCACUUGUGUGGUGGCAAGUGGGUGGAGUCCCGAGCAGCGAGUUCGUCCACCAGUUCAUCGUGAUUCUUUGUCUAAAUAUUUAAUAUGUCCUGAUUCUUCUGACUCAGAAUUGAACAUAAUUCUGGUGUAAAUCAUGUAAAUGUUGUGUACAUAAAUAAACUCUUUUUUCUCUUA